AUGCCCACAAUUCCAACUUUAGUUAGUACUAUAGUCGGUUUACCUCUAUCCUUAUGGACAUUUAAAUGCAUGAUGUUAGUAGCAUUCCAGCGCAGAAUCAUAUACAUGGGGUACUCUCCAAUAGGCGCUCGUCAAGAAUUACUUAGGGAUAUCGACACUCUCGGUCCAUUCGACGUGCGAAAGAUUUCAGCGGAUGUCUCACCCAAAGUACGCUUAGACGGCUUGGAAGUUUGUCGAAAAAGUGCAGGAGAUAAUAAUAAACCGUCAAUUCUGUUCUACUUACAAGGAAAUGCCGGCAAUCCACUAUCGAGAUUACCUGUAUUCCAUAAGUUACUUCACGAUAAAGCCUGCGUUGAUGACUUGAAAAUAAUCGCAUUCGCACCAUCCUCCUAUUGGACAAGCAGUCGGCGUCGACCCACUCAAACGAAAUUGCUUGAGGAUUACAGGUGUGCUUUGCAGAAGACAUGCGAACGAUAUCCUGAAUCACCGAUUUUCAUAUACGGACACAGUCUAGGUGGUGCAAUAUCGACGAUUCUCCUAGCUGAGCACCUCCACGACGAGAAUAUCAACGGAUUGAUACUGGAGAACGCGUUUGGGAGUAUACCAGAUAUGAUAAAGGCUUAUUUCAUAAGCCCCCGCAUACCCUAUUGGCAUCUACAUAGGUUAGCGUUCGAUAAAUGGGAUGCAAAGAGCGUGGCACAUAAGGUCAAAGCCAAAACGCUCAUACUCAUUAGCGAAAAUGAUGAGCUCGUUCCGCGAGCCCAUGGUGAGGCACUUCACUCACUGAUCUCUAACUCGCAGUUAGAAGUAAUACAGGGUGCGCUACACGAAAACGCGUACACUAGUACCACCUGGAGCAGGACAGUGAGCAAUUUUAUCAAGACACAUAUGUAAUUAUAAGCGAUAA